UUUGCCCAGAGGGGGCAAGAGCUAGAGAGAGAGAGAGAAAGGGCGGACCAAAAUACGAAGACGAUAAGGCGGUCCGAAAAAAGUUUUUUCAAAGCUAAAAAAGCUGAAGAGAGGCUUCCCCUUAAACCCUUUCUCUCUUCCUCAACACCCCCACAAUCUGUCAUCUGUGGCAGAUUUUGCAAGGAUAAUUCUCCCUAUCAACUGUAUUUCUCUCUAUCCAUUUGCUAUCGAUGGCAUCUCAACUAAUUAGAGAAUGGGCCGGAAUACAGAAGUUUCCUGCUGCCACUCAGUCCAAGUUGCUUGAAUUACUGGGGAAACUGAAACAGGAGAAUAUCUGUACCCUGACGAUCCUAGUAAUGGGGAAAGGUGGUGUUGGGAAAUCUUCAACAGUGAACUCAAUUAUCGGGGAAAGAGCAGUUGCUGUUAGCGCAUUUCAGUCAGAAACACCAAGACCAGUGAUGGUUUCGCGUUCUCGAGCUGGGUUUACAUUAAACAUAAUUGACACCCCAGGGCUUGUUGAAGGAGGAUACGUCAAUGACCAGGCUCUUGAUCUCAUUAAGAAGUUCCUCUUGAAUAAGACAAUUGAUGUUUUGCUAUAUGUGGAUCGUCUGGAUGCAUAUAGAGUGGAUAACUUGGACAAACAGAUUGUGAAGGCUAUUACUGAGAGUUUUGGCAAGGAAAUAUGGCGCCGAGGAAUUGUGGUUCUCAGUCAUGCUCAGCUUUCUCCUCCUGAUGGAUUGAUUUAUGACGAAUUCACGUCCCGAAGAUCAGAGGCACUUUUGAAAAUUGUCCGGAUAGGGGCUCGAAUAAGGAAACAAGAGAUUCAGGCUGCUGCAAUUCCUGUUGUUUUGGUUGAGAAUAGUGGGAGAUGCAACAAGAAUGAAAGUGACGAAAAGAUACUUCCAAGUGGAACUGCAUGGAUACCCAAUUUAGUCCAAACUAUUACAGAUGUUGUUUUAAGUGGAAGCAAGGGUAUUCUGGUUGACCAAAAAUUGAUUGAAGGUCCAAACCCCAACAAUAGGGGCAAAGUGCUAAUUCCUUUUAUAUUAGCAUUCCAAUAUUUCUUUGUUGUGAAAAGGAUCCAGAAGUGGAUCAAGUAUGAUAUUGCAAAUGAGAGCAGCCCUUCAUGGGCAUAAGCAAUUAAGGGGGCGGACCUCGUUUGUCUAGUUGGCAUUUUCUUGCCAUCAGCUUACCAGUUUAUACUUUUUGGGUAAAGUAGUAGUUGUUAGUAGCCAGAGACACAAGUGAUAUGCGGCAGUAGGAUUUCAACUUUUGUCCGCUGAGCGUGGCGUUGUGCCUUGGAGAAUAUGGUUGGAUGCUUGAUUAGCAAAUGAGUUAUGUCAUUCUUGUUCUUUGUGCAUCUGCAGAUUGCACUUCUAUUUUUCUUUCUUCGCCUAUUGCAUUAGGUGAAUGUAGAUGAAGGUUGUCCUCUCUGUAUUGUUCUUCUAUUGGAACCUUUUGCAAAUCUCUA